UUCCUCUUCUCUUCAUCUUCCUUCUCUCCUGCUUCGAUUCCUCACUUCUGAUCGUCUCUUGUCUUCUUCUCACUAAUAUCAACAAUCCACAUCAAUUGACCAUGUCUCUCGGAAAGAAGGUCUCCCUCAACACCGGUGCUCAAAUCCCCCAGCUGGGCUUUGGCACCUGGCAGUCGGAGCCUGGUCAGGUCGGUGAGGCCGUCUACCAGGCUCUCAAGGCGGGUUACCGUCAUCUGGAUCUGGCUACUAUCUACCAGAACCAGAAGGAGGUCGCCGUGGGCAUCAAGCGUGCCUACGCUGACGUCCCCGGUCUCAAGCGCGAGGAUAUCUUCAUCACAUCCAAGCUCUGGAACAGCCAGCACGACCCCAAGGUCGUCGAAGCAUCCCUCGACGAGUGUCUCGCCGAGCUGGAGCUCGACUACCUCGACCUGUACCUCAUCCACUGGCCCGUCGCCUUCAAGACCGGCAGCGAGCUCUUCCCCCUCGUCCAGGGCUCGCCCCUCCCCGGCGGCGAUGUCGAGAUCGACGACUCCAUCUCCAUCGUCGACACCUGGAAGGCCAUGACCCAGCUGCCCAAGUCCAAGGCCCGCGCCGUCGGCGUCUCCAACUUCAUCAUCCCCUACCUUGACGCUAUCAUCAACGCCACUGGUGUCGUGCCCGCUGCGAACCAGAUUGAGCGUCACCCGCUCCUCCAGAGCCCCGAGCUCAUCGACUACUGCCAGAAGAAGGGCAUCCACAUUACUGCUUACUCUGCCUUCGGCAACAACAUGAUCGGCGAACCCCUCCUCAUCACCCGCCCCGAAGUCAAAGCCGUCGCCGAAGCCGCCUCCGCCCGUCUCGGCCGCCCCGUCUCCGGCGCCCACGUCAUCCUCGCCUGGUCCCAAGUCGGCGGCCACUCCGUCAUCCCCAAGAGCGUCACCGAGUCCCGCAUCAAGGACAACUUCCAGGAGAUCGAGCUCACCGCUGAUGAGGUUGCUCAGGUUUCGGCUCUGACGGCUCACCGUCGUCGUUAUAACACCCCCUACACGGCCAACAGCCCUCGCUGGGAUAUUGAUAUCUUUGGCGAGCCGGAGGAGAAGCCUGCUGGGCAUAAGGUUGUUGUCUAGACUCUGCUACGCUUUUUGAUGUCGUUAUGAGGGGGGUGGGUUGUUGUAGUUGAGGUGUAUUACGUAGUAUGAUG